AUGGCUGCCUCCGUGAGCCUGGCCACGGCCCUUUCUCCCGUGUUUGUCGUCGCUGUGAGGGAGAUGUCCUCAACCUGGCGAAUGAUGCACGCCAUGCUACUGGUACCAGCGCUAUUGCUAACGUUCCUGGUGUGCAUCAUCGAGGAGUCGCCCCACUGGUGCCUAUACAACAACAUGUUCGACGACGCCGAGCGCAUCGCCAUGUGGGCUGCUCGUCUCAACCUCGAGGACCCGGACCUCGUGCGCGACCGACUCGACCGGAUCCGCAAGGACGCCGAGUCGCACGGAGACGGGGCGGCGUUCCGGUCCGCGAGGCUUUUACGCUACAUCACGUCGGUGCACAUGCGGUCACGCUGCUUCGCCCUGUUCGGAUGUUGGUUCUUCGUGUACAUCGCCUACUACGCACGUGACUACGAGAACCUCGCUCCGUGGGCCGAGCUUCAAGCGGCGGAGUGGUUCGUGGUGACCGGCAACUUCCCGGCCAUGGCUGCCGCAUACAGCGUGACGCGGCGGCACAGCGGCUUGCGUUCCGUAGUUCCCCUGUUGGCCGCAUGCUCCAUGAUGUCGGCGCUGCAGUCGGCCCUGGUCGCCAUAGGUGGCCGCUCGUUGCUGCUUAUGACCUACUGCAGCUCCGUGCUCAUUCUCAAUGUCGCCUACGUCGCACUGGUGGUGCACACUGUUGACGCGUUCCCUACUCCAGUGCGAAGCCUUGGAUACUCCGGUGCGUUCAUGUCCGGCCGUAUCGGAGCCAUGAUGGGUGCGCUGUUCCGGGAGUUCGAGUCUAUGCCCCUACCUGUUAGCAUGAUGCCCACGGCUGUGACGUCACUGGGUCUCCUCGCCUUUGCGGCGUCCGCUGUGCUUGUUCCGCCGACUCCGAAGGAGUUGAUCGCGGACGAAGGUUCACCGGUUGUUUUGGACACGUCGGCAGUAGCGACGGUGUCAAAAGGCAGCCCGAUGUCCUGGAGGGUGCACAAGAGGCAGUCUCCUACGGCGUCGCUGCAUUCGGAGCGUAAAUGA